GGCGCGCAAUCAGCGUCCGUUUUCCGGCGCGCGGCCAGGGCGACCCCAGACAUGCGCAUGCUCCGGUGCGUCCCGGAGGUCGCCCGCGCCGGUGUUUAACUGCGUGUGGUGUGAAUUUAAGAGCAUCAUGUUAUGAAGAGAUGGGGGCUGCGGUGACUCGCGCAAUCAGGAAUUUCAACCUAGAGAACCGGGCAGAACGGGAAAUCAGCAGGAUGAAGCCCUCCGCCGCUCCCAGGCACCCCUCCACCAAGAACCUCCUGCGAGAGCAGAUGAGCAGCCAUCCAGAAAUUAAGGGAGAAAUUGCUAGAAAAGAUGACAAACUGCUGUCAUUACUAAAAGAUGUGUAUGUCGAUUCCAAAGAUCCCGUGUCUUUUGUGCAGGUAAAGGAUGCUGGAACACCUCAGAAGCCAAAGGAGUUCAGGUUGCCAAAAGACCAUCAUUCUGACAUGAUGAAUGUUGAGAACAUUCCCAAAGGCAAAAUUUCCAUUGUAGAGGCACUGACACUUCUCAAUAAUCAUAAACUUUAUCCAGACACAUGGACUGCUGAGAAAAUAGCUGAAGAAUACCAUCUAGAACAGCAAGAUGUAAAUUCCCUUCUCAAAUAUUUCGUUACUUUUGAAGUCAAAAUCUUACCCCCUGAAGGCAAGAAAGCAAUACAGUCAAAACGAAGAGAAUCUUGAAAUAACUUUUCUUUUAUGUACUCUGCAUCGCUGUACCCUGUUUAUUUUCUCAUUUUUAGCAUAUUAAAUUAUAUAAAUUACCAAAUGUGUUAAGCUCCCUCCUUGUGAGAGCAUGCUAUUUAUUGAGCUCUGCUGAAUUUUCAGGAUUGCUGUUAGAAUUAGUUUUGUUCUCUUUUAAACUUUAAUUUGGUUUAGGCAUAUGUUCUUAUGUAAUAUCAGCAUGACUAAUCAGCACAUGUAUAAAUUUAUUAUAAAUAAAAGAGUUAUCGUACUUUAGGCAAAUCAUAUCAUCA